AUGACAAAGUCGACAGAUCAAGAAGCAGGAACAGCUUCCGCAUCGGCUUCGAAUGCGAUACCGUCAUCGUCGUCGUCGACUGCCGAGGGUUCGGGUUCAGUCUACCCUUUGCUCGCAAAUAAGGCCCAGUGCUGUCGAAUCUGUCUGGACGAUGACCCCCACGGACUCUACUCCCCCUGUCGGUGCCGUGGCUCGAUCAAGUUUGUCCACAGCCACUGCCUCACUCGCUGGUAUGUCUGUCGUGCUUUCAACAAGUUUGUCGAAGUGUUGAUGUGCACCAAAAGUGGCAGUUUGAUGGCCCACGGUCGAGACGAAUCGGCCAACUCGUGCACCAUGUGCGGAUUUAACUAUGUCCUCAAGAAGCGAGCUCGCUUCUACGAACUUCUCUCAUAUCGAGGAGUCAGGAUUGCGAUCACAGUACUGGUUGUCCUGGCGAUGCUCUUCCCCUCAGGAUACUUGAUGAAAGUAUGUGUGCUCCUCUCCGGAUACAGGGAGAGCAACCCAGGAACAAGCCCUGCACAGUACCUGGGCUCAAUUCGCAACAUCUCCUCCAAUAUGGAACACAUGUCCGUUUUCCCUAUCUGCAAAGUCAACCCUCUUGGUCAGCGACCUCGUCUUCGUGUCAAGUUGAUGGCUUCUACGAAGUCUGCUGCUGCUCCUGCUUCAAUCCUUGAUUCUGUCCCUGGACCCGAUGGUGGACUAUCCUCUUCGCCCGCUGCAGCGGCGACAACUUCGGUACCUGGAGCACCCUUGGCCUCACCCUCCCUCUUUGUGAACCUCUUCCCUGGCCCUUAUGCUCCUCAUCUCUCAAACUCCAACGUCCUCACAACCAGGAACGACGGAAAUGGUAACGGUAACAACAACAACGGCCAAGGAUCUAUCCGAGCCUCAGGAUCAUCCACUCAGAAAGAAAGCGAAUCCAAUAAGCAGAGAAUGGGACAAGGACCGUCCUCUUGGGCAUGGGUCGCAGCAGGAAUCGAUAUCAUGGGUUCCAGCCAAUUCGCCGCCAUGCUACUCUACCCUUUUGUCAACGACCGGAUCUGGUACUUUUUGCUCUGCCGGUUGCAGCACCUUCAUCUUGGAUUCUUCCUCCUGGGGUCAGCGAGCAAUGUCUACAUGGCCUGCAAGAUGCUGUCGGACAUAUACGACCUUGUUAUCACACCUCCACAUUCUCGGACCAUCAAAAAGAUCUUUAUGGCGCAGACGUCGAUCUUUGUUGUCUGGUUCUGGUUCUCGUACAACUUGAUGGCGUUCCGUGUCUCGACGACUGAGGAGGAAUUCAUGAGCGAGUUGCCACUCUGGGCGUUACGGUGGAUCAACGUCGGCGUCGCCAUUGUUGAUCUCAGCUACAGGAGGGUCUACAACCGCCUGGGAAGACUCAAGGUCGAGGAAGAGCUACUGGACAUCUCGGACGUCGAAAAGGUCGAACAGAUGCAUCAAACUGCCUGGCUGCAUCAACAACAACGGUUCCUCCAAUUUGGUCAGGAACAGACUCAGUACCUCCUGGACCAAUUCAAGUCUCUUGAGGUCCGGCAAUCGAUCGUUAACGGUGCUAGUGCUGCUGUGGAUGCCGUGUCGGAUGUCUAUGUCUACUCCAAGACUAGCAUCCCUUCCUUCCCACCAAUCCCUAAUUCGAUCGCUUCUGCGGUCAGAGAGAACUCGCCGACAAUGUCGUUUUCGAGCUUUCUGGCUGAUUGUGAGGAGGCGCGGCAUCCCUUUUUUAGUGCGGCUGCUGCCGCUGAAGAGGCUGCUGAUAUGGCCAAUGGUCAGCAGCAAGAUGAAGAUGAAACGACAGGCACUUCCUUUGGAAAGUCGGCUGAAGGUGCACCCAUUCGCUAG